AUCUUUUCACAUAUCAGUGGUUACUUCAAGGUUGUCUGGAGACAGUGGGCUGAACAUGUAGUAUAUGGUUGUAAGAGACCAGUACAGUAUGCAUACAAUUCGACCAUUCAUUCCAAUACAGUAGUUUAAUUCAGGUCCGCUGUCAGCUAAAUUAUGUCAAAUGUAUGAUUAUGAAUUAAGCUCACGUUUCCAAAUUCUUCAGAAAUAAUCUGCACUACUUCCUAAGGAAUUCUGAGAUGUAUGACACCUCACAUCUUUCUUCAUCAUUUCUGUGUGACAGUGAAGGAAGGAAUGAAGCAUUAUGAGAGUAUUGGAACAAGGAGAUCUCUUCACGAGUUGAGCUCUGUAUUAUGGCACACACUGAAUGAAGGCUCCAUCUAUCCUCAGAGACGCAAAGCUUUUCUGACUCAAACCCAUCAUAUCGCUCAUUGUGUUCUGCCCCAAUGUUCCCAUUAGCCAGGUUUGACAUUAUCUACCUCUGAGCAACUAAAGCAAAUUAAGUCGACACACAGCAGGUUCGGGCUGCCAUGCAGAUGAGGGGCGUGCAAUGACAUUCUUGAUUCGAUUUGUCCACUUGAGAAGAGCGCAGGGUGCGGUUACCCUGGGCUCUAUGUAGCAGAAACUGGAGGGCUUCUUCACGCUUGGGUUCAAAGAGAAUAUAGAGGAUGUAUCAUAAAUGGGAAACACAUACAUGUCAAAUUGUUCUUGCGAAUAUGUUGUGAAAUAGACUUGUUCAUCAAGGGUCGACAUUUCUAAAUAGUAAAUAUAUGUUGCUGCCAGACUAUUUAGACAAACCCUAUUAUAUUCAGUGAUGUUUAUUUUUCAACCCUGGCAAAGUGUCAUAUGUCCACUGUUAUGCAUUAAAAUAACUAAUCCAGACAAGCGAGAAGUGAAAAUCAAUCGGUUAACAAUGUGUCCUUUCCAAAUGCUCUCCUCCAUAAGCGCUAUUGUCGGGAAAGCGGAGUUGAUCAAUUCAGCACCACAGGUGUGGACAGUGCCACUAGCCUAUACACGGACAGGCAAACGCAAGGCGUGUGGAUGCAGUAGUGGAGAGCCAGACAGACAUUGUUGCAGAAUGGUACAUGGGACUGAUUAUUGAAUUAAGUUGAGUGGCUAGCUGGGCGCACCUUUAUUUUAAUGACUUCAAGAACUAAUGGCUGAAUACAUCACUCGCCUGCCAUGAGACCAUCCUAAAAGCACAACUUUAUCGAAAACACAACUCUAUCGACAUAUACUAUGAAAAAUGGGUUCCCUAUCUAUGUGUGCACGCCAUUCAGGGGGUGUGGUGUGAACUCACUCGCUCCCGGUCACGCUGGUGUGUGUGUGUGGUGAGUGGAGCGAACGCAGCACAGAGAAAGCGCACUCAAAGCUCGCGCAGGCACCGGAAAGUGGGGAUAUAGUGCGCGGCGGCAUGGCUUCGUCUCACGGGAAAAACGAACACCGGUUCGCCGACUGGAUGGCGAAUUUACCGGAGAGCAUGCACAGCAUCCCGCUUACCAACCUGGCCAUUCCAGGUUCCCAUGACUCCUUCAGUUUCUACAUAGACGAGUCCUCUCCGGUGGGUCCUGAGCAGACUGACGCUGUCCAAAACUUUGUGUCGGUCUUUGGCACGGUGGCCAAGAAGCUGAUGCGUAAAUGGCUGGCCACUCAGACUAUGAACUUCUCCAGCCAGCUGGAGGCCGGCGUCCGCUUCUUUGACCUGCGCAUUUCCACCAAGCCCCGGGACCCAGACAACGAACUCUUCUUCGCUCAUGGCCUCUUCAGCGCCACGGUGAGAGAAGGUCUGGAGCAGAUUAGCUCCUUCCUGUCGGCCCAUGCCAGAGAGGUUGUGUUCCUGGACUUUAACCACUUCUACGGGGUUCAGAACCUGCACCAUGAGAAGUUGGUCUCAAUGCUGAGAGACGUGUUCGGGGAGAAACUCGCCCCCGUCGUCUUCGCUCAGGAGGUGAGUCUCCAGUACCUGUGGGAGAAAGAGUACCAGGUGUUGGUGUUCUACCACAGUCCUAUGGCCCUGGAAGUGCCAUUUCUAUGGCCUGGUCAGAUGAUGCCUGCUCCCUGGGCCAACACCACUGACCCUGAAAAGCUGAUCCAGUUCCUCCAGGCCUCUGUGGCUGACCGCAGGAGGAAGGGAACAUUCUUUGUCUCCCAAGUGGUCCUCACACCUAAGGCCAGCACCGUCAUGAAAGGAGUAGCCAGCGGACUGAGGGAGACCAUUACAGAGAGGGCUCUUCCAAGUAUGAUGCUGUGGAUUCGGGCCCAGAGGCCAGGAGAGAGCGGCAUCAACAUCAUCACAGCUGACUUUGUGGAGCUGGGAGACUUCAUCAGCGCUGUCAUCACGCUCAACUAUCAUAUGGAUGAUGAGGAGGAAAAUGCCACCUGAGACUGAAAGACAGGGGGUGCCAAAGAGUCAAGUCCUCAGCUCAGUCUCACUUUCUCUUUGGUUUUCAUUUUCAGGAGAGGCGUUCCUCUGACUUAUUGUAUAGGGCUAUCAGAGUUUACAGAGGAAGUGAGAGAGAGGGAGGGAGAGAGAGAGAGGGAGGAGGGAGAAGGAGACGUUAAGAUAGGAGGAGAAAGGAAGGUGGAGGUGGAGAUAGGGAGGAUGGACUUUGGUGCUCGUUUAGAGCGCCGAAAGUGAAUGAGAAAUGUUUGGUUUUAUCUGUUUUGGGGGUCAAAAGGGCAAUUGGUUUUUAACGACGCUUCGCUUGGCUUCGCUUCAAAUCUGCUGUAACGAUAACUGCUUCUAUCCUCCAAUCACACAAGCUCGUGUUUCUGGCAUUUCCAUCUCUUGUGAGGCUUAGGCUAGCUUAUUAGCAUAUUCUACAGACAUAAAUGUUGUUGGUAUUUUAGUGACAGUGAUGGCCAACCUACAUCAAAACUCAUUUUCAUUGGUGCCAGUAAUACAUCUGAUUGCCGUCAACCUGAUUAACAUGUCAACUACUCACACAUGGCUGUAGAAUUUACUUUAUGAUGGAUGGAUGGAUUGGUUGAUUGAUGGAUGGAGCUUCCCAAAUAGUUAUUAUAGUUUUUCGAUCUCUUUCUACAUUUACUGAUUAUUUUGUCUCUGUAUCAGUCCUGUCACCACAAUGCGUAAAUUGAUAACUUCUCCUUGCAGGACAUUGAUUUAGCUCCUAGACCACCUGUAACAGCACUUUCCCUAUGUGACAGAUUGCCAGACCGAUUGAUAUUUGUGUGUCUUUUGAUUGAUUGCCUCUCCCGAGUGCCCUCUGUAGCGUAUUGUAGAUCAGUGUUUCCCAACCCUGGUCCUCAAGCUCCCCCAACAGUACACAUUUGUAUUGUAACCCUGGACAAGCACACCUGAUUCAACUUGUCAACUACUCAUCAAGUCCUCAAUGAGUUGAAUGAGGUGUGUUUGUCAAGGGCUACAACAAAACUGUGAACUGUUGGGGGUACUUGAGGACCAGGGUUGGGAAACACUGUUGUAGAUGACCAUAAAACAGGUUUAAUUUCAUGUUUCUCGUAAUGGGCUUGAUAUCAUUCUAAUCUCAUGUAGGUGUCUGUUGUACUGGAAUAUUCACCACAAUAUUAGAUUAUUUUUUUUAAAUCAUUGAACUUUUCUUCUGUUCAUUUACUUGUAUUGAAUAUAAUAGAACAGCUAUCUGUUGCUUCACUAUUACUCAUGUGUUUGCCUGCUUAAUUGCAUUCAGUCUAGUAGAAAGAUGUUUCCCUUGCUUUACUCUGCACCUAUUCAGGACAAACUGUUCUAUUUGAAGUGGCACUUGCGGCGUAGUGAAGACUACAAUACGUGUCACAUUUCCUUUGCUAAAAUUUGUUUUGCACAUUAUGCAAGAACUUCGCAUAUAUAUCAAAAGCUUUGCCUCAUCCCCCCCCCCCC